AAAAAUACAUGGUGCAACAUUCAUUGUAUAUUACCCAUAUUAUUUUAUACAUAUUUCCAUUUAGGAAAGGAUGACUUAAAGAAAUAUGCAUUAGGUAGAACUACUUGUUGGAUUAAAUAAUUAAAAUCUGACAAAAAAUAUGUAUUAAGCUUGAAGAAAAAAUAUUGUUCCAUGGCUUCUGUAAAAAUCAACGUGUUCUACCUAAUAUCAAUAAUUGGAUCCAUAUUUUGGGUUUCUGGAGAUCCAUGUCUUACUUCAAAUCAUCAAGAGCUGGGCGACCUUCUGAAGAGAGGUCCAGCAUUUACCAUGGAUUCCGUGCCUCUUUGUGAUUACUAUCUAACAGAGGGAUGGUACAGCGCCCCCUCGUAUCUGAUGCCAACAUCACCACCUGGACUUACGGCUUGUGGUACUCUUUAUCCCUACUGGAUGAAAGGAGUUCUACCUAGCACAGUUGGAAACGAGAUAGAUGUCGAAAUUUGUGGUGUAGGAUUCUCAUCAACAUGCCAGAAGAGUAUCAACAUCAGGGUGAAGAAGUGUAGCAAUUAUUUUGUUUACAAACUAAAGUCUUUGGAUUCAUGCAAUUCGGCAUACUGCUUCGAGAAAACGGACAGUUGUGUAACAGACACCCCAUCGAAUCUCCAAGUUGUAUACCAAGGGGUUUCCUACACUAAAAUCACCAAACCUAUCGGCACUCAAUGGAAUCCCAUAGUGGAGCUCCACUGUCAGUUCACUCCACUUUCGGAUAACACUCUGUAUUAUCACAUCGAUUGGUACGUAGAUAACACUAGGAUUAUAGAAAACCAGACUGUGGACACCUCAACACUAGGUGACGCUGUACUCACAACAGAAGAUCUGUAUAAAGCUGGGGAAAAGAUCGGAUGCUCGAUUCAUUGUGUAGUUGGUGCCAAAAGAUCAGUGGUAGAUUCUCCCUGUAACAGUACAUCCAGUGCCCUGUUCUUCGCAGGAAUUCAGAUAUUAACACCGGUUCUUAAUAUGUCGAGAAAGGGAGAAACGACGCUAAGAAUUCGACCGACAAUACCUUAUGCGACACACACGUUAGACUUGCCGGCAUUUAACAUAGAAGAUACUGGAAACUUAUCAAUCUCCCUGGAUUUCCCAGCAGACAUAAUUGCAGACUGUACAAUUGCUGGCAGUUCAAAAAUAUGUGAAAUAAAAAUUCCGAGUUUCAAAUAUAGUGAAAGACACAAAUACAACGACCGCAGCCAGUGGUACAAAGAAUACACAAUGACAAUACAAAAUAAAGACAGCCUUGGUUAUGAAAUUGAUAAUAGUGUGUUACUUCGGCUGAAAACAUUAGGUGGAGGCGAGAAGGCAGCAACAGUAUACGAAGGCGUGAUGCUCCCUGACGUCCCAAUCAAUAUCGUUGACGACCAUACAGAGUGGAAGGGCACGUAUUGUUACUCACAUGCUGACCCUCAUAUGAGAACAUUUGACAGAUAUUAUUAUGAAUGCCAGCACGAAGGAUGCAAGACGGGAAUAACGAGUGUAUUAUAUCAGAAUAAAAUACAUGAUCAGGAGGUACAGGUCAGACAUCACAAGUGUUUUUGGCCUAAUGCACGCUGUAUAUGUGCCUUGGCUGCUAGAUCUGGGAAAGACGUCUUCAUCUUCGAUGCUUGCAACGGGAGGCGGUAUAUCAACUUUCCAAUUUGUGCUGACAAAUCACUGAAGGUUAUGAAGGUUACAGAUAUGUCUUAUAAGAUAUUUUUUCCAACCGGGACCUAUGUUACCACAACCUUAUACAUGUAUAGUGACUGGUUUUUACAAACGCAAGUCUACCCCUCGGUGGCGGAUGUUGGAAAAAGUUCAGGUCUUUGUGGCGUUUUAGGAGAUGGUAUCCAGAACGAUCUAACAAGAAGAGACGGGACUAUAGACAACCCAAACAGCUAUAGUUAUUAUAAUCCGCCAGAUGACUUCUCCAUUUCGUGGAGAGUACCAGCUGGUGACGAUCUUCUCUCUGAUUCCAUGGAUUUUCAAAGCCUGAAUUCUCUUUCACUUAUCAAAACACAACUUUGUACGUGUAACCACGAGAAUAAGACUGAAUGUAGUUACCGUAGCUACACAGAUUGUGGUACAACAACCCGUGGGAAAGAAUACCAAUGUCUUCUCCACAGUAGUAAUAGUAGGAGUAAAAGACAUGCAGAAUACAUGUCGUCGUUUAUUCCAGACCCCGUGGAAAACAUAACACCGCUGAGGAUAAGAAGGCAGGCUGCAUACACGGACGAAGAAGUUAUAGCGAUUUGUAACUCAGAAUUUAAUCAAUCAAUUCCAUUUCAAACAUGUUUAGAACAUGUAGCAGAUUUCUCCAAUGAUUCUAUUCAAAACUGUAUCGCCGAUGUUUCACUGACUGGAAACCCAAAUUUGACGUCAUUUCAUCUUGAGAGUGCCAUUUCUGAAUGUCAAACUUUCAUUACCCUCAAUAGCACUCUUCAAAAAGAGAAACCUGCUAUAACGUAUGAAAUACUCAGCGUUUGUCCCAAUAACUGUAGUAAUCACGGCGAAUGCUCAAACGGAAUUUGUACCUGCAAUGGUGGAUUUGGAGGAAGUGACUGUUCGUUUGAUAUUACGUCUCCUCCUACAGUAACCAGUUUACUUGGGAAUGGUCUUUGUGACCGCUCAGAGGACACUUGCGAUGACGUCACAAUGUUCGGUCAAUAUUUUGUUGAAAACAUGAAUACAACUUGCUUCAUGACUAGGAAUGAGAUAUCAGUCACAAAUAAUGUAAUGGAACAGAACUUUUAUGAAACACAACUUGAAGAAAGAACUCUUUAUGAAGGAUAUUGUGACCUGCUUUAUAAAACGAACAACACAUGGGUGACACACUUUGCGUUUAAUAUGUCUAACGACAAAAUGACCUUCACAAAUACCUUCAAUGUCUUCGUGUAUCAGUCAGAGUGUCAAAUUGUCAACAAUGAUACCAGCCAAAUAUACUUCACAUUACAAAAUGGUUUUUGUUUCAUCGAUGGUAAAUGCAUUCGAGAAAAUACCAACCAAUCAACCGAGUCGUGCUCAAAAUGUAAACCACGCGUGAACCAAUUCAAUUGGACAAACGAUUGUACUGAUAAAACAGCAUCAUCACCAGCGACAACAAUCACCCAAACGAUAUCCCAAACUACAAUAAAAUUGUCUAGCACAACAAAACAAACAACAACGUUAAAUGGAUUGACGUCGUCGACAGCAAAGCAAACAUCGGUUCCUCUUGCAUUGACAACAUCCUCUCAAACUACGUCAGGAAAAACCAGCACAACCGAUUCUAGCAGUACACCUUUUACAACAACUACUCCUGUCAUAUCAAAACAGGUGUCGUCUGCAUCAUCCGGUCACAUAACUUCUACAGGAAUGAUGUCAUCUUCAGCAAAACAAACUACUGCGUCAUCAGUACCUCUGACCUCAACAGCAAUCUCUACAACUACUUUACAGUUGUCCAGCGGAACUGAGUCAUCCAAAGCGACAUUUACCACAGCCACUUCUACACAGACUAAAGAGCAAUCGUCUAUGUCACCGAGUUUCACGUCAUCUACAACGCAAAUAACCACUACUUCAUCACCAUUAUCAUCAACAUUGACAUCAACAAGGGCAUCAGGAAAUAAGAAAAUGAAUACAGAAGACAAAAUGUCGUCAGGGAUCAUAGGGCUUAUUGUCGCCGUUGUAAUUGUCACUAUAGUGAUAAUGAUUGUUACUAUAUUUAUGAUAAAGUCAAAACUCAAUAACAGAAUGAAUCAAAGCUCCUCUAGAUCUGCCCAGGAGGUGCCCGAUGAAGUGAACAUUUAUCCUGAAAAUAUGGAUAUAAAUCAUAAGGAUGUAUUUCAAGGCGAUAACCUGCUAAAGUUUGAAUCCCCAACUGCGAUGUAUUCGAGACCGCCAAGUGCACAUUCUCUGAGGCCUGAUCAACCAACUGUUGACCUCAGUAAAUUAUAUGGACCUGAAAAACUGGACCAACUAUUUGGAGUUCAAAAAUGACCUUAAUUUACUUAUUUUGUUUUGAUUAAAAUAAUUUAAAAGUGUGACAAUCCAUACACUGUUAUCUAAAUGUACAUUUAUUGAAUAUAAUGGAGUUUAUAUAAUCUAGAGGCUUAUUGUAUAUACAUAUUUUAAUCUAUCAUUUUUUUGGUUUCACCAACUUUAAUUUUAUUGCAUAUCCCUUUUCAUUUACAUGUUAACGUGUGUGAAACUACCCAGAUAUACUAGUACAUUGAUUAUUGAUUUUCCUACUUGUGUUCACUGGGUCUUUUAAUUUAAAAAGAAAUACAUAUCUACGCAUAGAUUGUCUUUAGGAGCUCUGGAUUGAAUUUCAUAAUAUUCAAAAUGAUUGUGAAUAUCCAUCAGGUAUCGGAACACUUUACGCACUGUCUGUCUGUCUGUCUGUUGGUAGAUUUUCUCUCAUAUAUAAUAAGGGCAUAAGCAAUAAAAUGUUCAUUUGAAGCAAUAUAACUAUUUCUGAAGAAGAAAAAAUGUAUUUUCAGUCUUUUUUUUCAACAUUUUGAAUUCAUAAUACACGUAUGACCAAGAGUACGAUGAAUAUUGUGUUAACUACGCAUACAAAAUAAACAAAAAGUAAAAUUUGAAUCGUAAGCAAAACAAUUUAUUAAGAAAUAUUUGUGUCUGUAUAACUAUCCGUGCAAACAAAUUUUUGUCAUAACUUUGAAAUGGCCUAAGUUGAUAGUUAGAACAAAAUAUUUGUAUAAAUUUCAUUUAGGAUUUUUUUAUGAAAGGAACAUUUUUGUGUCGUAUUCUUUGACUAACUACUAAUAAAUUUAUCUUUUUUCAUGACCU